AUGACGGUGCAGAUCCCGGACAGGCCCCCAGAUGUUUACGACCGUAGCGGACCAUGUGAUUCAACCCAGAUCAUGGAGGAAAAACUUCUGCAGAUGCAGUUAAGCUACGAGAUCUUUCAUUCUCACCUUAGGCCUAAACUGGAAGUCAACUAUACAACAGCCAAUCAGGGAUAUGUUCAAACACCAAACUGGAACGGGAAAACUCUGUAUCCAUUGAUGGAUAGCUGGAUUGAGAUACGUAUCCCCGAGCAUCAUAAAGUAAUGGUCAGUUUUCAAGAAGUAAAUAUCGCAGGUACACCCUACUGCGGAUUUGAUAAAAUAUCACUUUACAGUGAACACCCUAAAAAUAAGGGUGUGAUCGAUGAGAUAUGUACCAAUCACAAGCCACCUAUCUCUGUCUACAAUGUCAGCAAGCUGUACAUUCACUUCAAGUCUGUGACAUUAUAUCCAGGGACAGGAUUUCGACUUGAUUUCUCUUUUCACGCCCUCUCCGCUCUUCCCCAACAACUGAGUGACGGCAGGUGGAACUGCUCUGUGCCGCACUGGCCCGACUUCCGCCUGCACUUCCCGUGUAACCUGGUGUCCGACUGCGUGGGCGGCGAGGACGAAGUGGACUGUCCUUACACCAGUCACGUGUGUGGUCCAGGCUUCCAGUCAGCUAAUGGCACAUGUCUACAGUUUGUAAAGACAGACCAAAACAUUUCGUGGAACACAGCUUCGAAAACUUGUGAGUCUCGAGGUAUGCUGCUGAUGGCAGCGAACACACCGGCAGAAUGGGUGGCAACUGUCGAUAUUCUGCGAUAUCGUCCUUUCGAAUACUUGCUUUAUGGGCUUGUACCAGCUUCCCCUUCAUUGCCAUACAUGUACAGUCAUGGGUUUGCAGGGCUGGAUGGAAUAUUCCGCCACUUUCUGCCAAUAGAUGUUUAUUACGGAACUAGCGACUGCACUGGAAUCUACAUUUUAAAAAACGAGGACCUACGGGUAUUUACACCAAACUGCUAUAGUGCGAUGGCGUCUAUGUUCGUCUGCAAGUUUGCCGUUAGUGGCGACGACACUUUACCACAGAUGCCGGUGUCACUCACAGCCAACUGGUCAGUGGACGUCUUGCAGUGUCCGUCACUCCACUACACACACACUUUCCUCGCUUGUGAUGUCAAGAGUGAGUGCUGGGCGGACAAGUAUGACAACGCUAAGACAUGUAGUACUCCUAUGACGUCACUUCCGCCUUCUUUCUCGUGUAUCAACGAGAUUGAACGAGUUCCUUACUCCCUUGUGUGCGAUCAUCGUCCUGACUGCUCCGAUAACAGCGAUGAGAGUUUUUGCAUAUUUUCUUCGUGUUCACUGAGCAAAAAUGUUUAUGAAUGCACCAACAAACAGUGCAUUCCAGAUCGGUUUCGGUGCGAUGAUUUCUGGCACUGCCCAGAUGGUUUAGACGAACUCAUGUGCGACCAUCGAGGUUAUCUACAAGCAAAAAGCGGUCAACCUCCCCCUGCCCUCAUAGACAUUGACUCUGAUGGUAAGCUGAGAGCAGUACAGCCACUGUCGAUGACACACGAACUUCUGUGUCCUGAAACCCAUUUCCAGUGUCCAGGAAGUAACUUCUACUGUUUCCCAGUCUAUCUUCGCUGUAAUGGUGUCUUUGACUGUCCUGGUAAACAGGACGAGACGGCGUGUGACACCUACACCUGUCCCGGCUACUACCGCUGCCGCUCGUCACACGUCUGUCUGCACCCUGAUCACGUGUGUGACGGUUGGUCACAGUGUCCUGAGGGAGACGACGAGCUGCUGUGUGACCUUUCUUGUCCUGACACGUGUGUGUGUCACGGACUGGCCUUCACAUGCACGGCAAGGUUUGCAGCGUCCAGCUACCUGGAACUGAGGUUUCUUGACGCAAGUGGCUCGGGGAUGACCCCCAGAGAUGUUGUCAAUAACACCAUGAUCGCUUAUCUCAGCUUUAACAACUGCAACAUCAGUGUUCUUGAAGAUAUGAACUUUGUUAACCUUCAGAUCCUUGACCUAAGUGAUAACUAUAUUAAAUCAUUAGGUUAUAAAAUUUUCGUCAAGGAUUUGAAGAUUAACAAAGUUCAUUUGCUCGAGAAGACUGAUGUUGCACUUGUUAAAGCUGAGAUAAACAACCAUUGUGUUAUUGACAACAUCUCUGGGGGUCAUCCCCGAGCCACUUGCGUCAAGAAACCUCAGUUCCAGGUAACUGGAAGCUGCAAACUUGCCGUGCAGUGA